AUGGCCGAGCCCAUUCGGAACAAGCGACCCGACGUGACGGCGCCCACGCCGCAGAACACGCCGGCCUCCAAUGCCCCCAUCUCCUCUCACGCCCAGCAGCCUGGCGUUGCCAGCAUCAAAGAAGAGGACAUGGAUCGAGCCGCCGCCGCCUCCAUCUUUGCCCAGAACCCCAAGCUCGUUCAGAUGAUCCAGGGCCGACUUGGCUCUCUCAUCGGCCGCUCCUCCGGCUACAUCGAGUCUCUCCCCACCCCAGUCCGUCGCCGCGUCGCCGGCCUGAGAGCAAUUCAGAAGGAGCACUCCAAGCUCGAAGCCGACUUCCAGGAAGAGGUUCUCCAGCUCGAGAAGAAGUACUUCGCCAAGUUUACUCCCCUGUACGAGAAGCGCGCCGACAUCGUCAACGGCAAGGCCGAGCCCACCGAAGAGGAGGUCAAGGCUGGCGACGACGAGGAGCAGUCGCUCCUGACUGAAGAGGACGCCUCGGCCGAGAGCGCCUCCAAGCAGCCCGACACUCCCGAGAAUGUGACGGGUAUUCCCGAAUUCUGGCUAUCGGCCAUGAAGAACCAGGUCACGCUUGCCGAGAUGAUCACCGACCGCGACGAAGCUGCCCUCAAGCACCUGGUCGAUGUUCGCAUGGAGUACCUCGACAAGCCCGGAUUCCGCCUCAUCUUCGAGUUCAGCACCAACGAGUUCUUCUCCAACAAGACCAUCACCAAGACCUACUACUACCAGAACGAGAGUGGCUACGGCGGCGACUUCAUCUACGACCACGCCGAGGGUGACAAGAUCGAGUGGUUUGCAGGCAAGGAUUUGACUGUCCGGAUCGAGGCCAAGAAGCAGAGGAAUAAGACUACCAAGCAAACCCGCAUCGUUAAGAAGACGGUCCCCACUGAGUCAUUCUUCAACUUCUUCUCGCCUCCGAAGCCGCCAUCCGACGAGGAGGAGGAGGAGGACGACGACGCUGGCUCGGACAUUGAGGAGCGUCUCGAACUGGACUACCAGCUCGGCGAGGACAUCAAGGAGAAGCUCAUCCCCCGUGCCAUCGACUGGUUCACCGGUGAAGCUCUGGCCUUUGAGGAGCUUGACGACGAUGAACUCGAGGCGGGCGAGUUCGACGACGAUGAGGAUGAUGACGAGGACGACCUGAGCGAGGAUCACGAUGAGGAAGAGGAGUCCGACGACGACGAUGACUCGGGCAAGCCCAAGCAGGAGGCCGCCGAAUGCAAGCAGAGCUAA